AUGAAUGACUUCCAGAUUUUAGCAUUUCCCAACCGUGUAGAAAAGUAUAACUUCAUGACCAUUAUGUUUCUCUUGAUAUAUUUGAUCGGAGUAAUGGGGAAUGUGGUUAUAAUUACAGCUGUUUUGGUAGAUUCUCACUUACACACUCCUAUGUAUUUGUUUCUUUGUAACCUGUCCUCGGUGGACAUUAUUUUCACCACAGUAACUCUGCCGAAACUGAUGGACAUUUUAUUAUCUGGAAAAACCUUGGUAUCUGUCACGCAAUGCUUCACCCAGUUAUAUUUUUACCUGUUUGCAGCUGGUACGGAGGAUAUAUUGUUAUCUUGGAUGGCCUACGAUCGUUAUGUUGCUAUUUGUAGCCCGUUACAUUAUCAACUUAUCAUGAACAAGAGGAAAUGUGUUCUCCUGUUGUCCGGUACCUGGAUGUGUGGGUGUGUGAAUGCUUUGUUUUUGACUCUUUCAGCUUCUCAGCUGAUAUUUUGCCAUUCUAAAAAGAUACAUCACUUUUUCUGUGAUAUUAAAGCCCUGCAAAAAAUCUCUUGCAAUAAUGCUAAUUUCUACAUUAUUGUCUAUGUGGAGUCAACUGUACUUGGCAUAUGUCCAUUUCUGCUCAGCUUGACAUCCUAUAUUAAAAUAAUAAUGGUUAUUCUAAGCAUUAAAUCCCAGAGUGGUAGAAGAAAAGCCUUCUCCACCUGCACGUCCCACCUCACCGUCCUUAUGAUUUUCUAUGGAAUGGGAAUGUGUAUGUACAUAAAUCCACCAGCACGGAAUGCAGAAGAACAGGACCAAGUCUUCUCUGUGCUCUAUGCAGCAGUGACUCCAAUGUUGAACCCUCUGAUAUAUAGUCUGAGGAAUAAAGAGGUAAAGGGAGCACUGGGGAGGAUUAUUGGGAAAAAAGCUUGUGUAUAA